GAACAUGUCACUUAAAAAUCUUUUACACAUUUCAAUAUUUCCCUAACAUUUACAUAUUUUUCCCGAAAUGAUGAUUUUUCACCAUCAAAGGACCAAGUCAACUGUUUUGCCAUAAGUAAUUGUAUUUAUGUAAUUUCGCCAGUAUAUGCCCCACGUGGUGACAACCCUGGACACUGAACUUUUGCAACACUGAUUACGCUGACAUUUUAAUCGGAAAGUGAUACUUGUCAUUUUAAACAAAAAAGCUUAGAGAAUUAACCGACCGAAAUGGCUAAUAAAUUCCGGAAUCUGAGCGGUAAACUGUUCCAGCUGACCCAUGGCAGCUUCAGCCGGACAUCGGUGCGUCCGCGGAUGAGUUUUCCGGGCGGCGGCUUUUCCGGUCGACAUUCUUCCAAGUGGCUGGGGGCCCUGGGAGCCCUAACUGGAGCUGCGGGACUCUUGAUCUACGCCCUGGAGAGCAGUGUGGAUGCCUCCUCGGACUGCGUGCAUCCGCCGCAUCAGCACUGGAACCACACUGGCCUGCUGGCCGCCUUGGACAAGGAGAGCGUGCGUCGCGGUUACUUUGUGUACAAGGAGGUGUGCGCCUCCUGCCAUUCCUUGCAGUACAUGGCCUAUCGCAAUCUGGUCGGCGUCUGCAUGACGGAAUCGGAGGCCAAGGCGGAGGCGGAGGCCAUAACCGUGCGAGAUGGGCCGAAUGAUGAGGGCGAGUUCUUCGAUCGUCCGGGCAAGCUAUCUGAUCAUUUUCCGGCUCCCUAUGCCAACGAGGAGGCAGCCCGUUCGGCCAACAAUGGCUCCUAUCCACCGGAUCUCAGCUAUAUAGUGUCGGCUCGCAAGGGUGGCGAGGAUUAUGUGUUUGCGCUGCUCACCGGAUAUUGUGAUCCUCCGGCGGGCUUUGCUCUGCGCGAAGGUCUCUACUUUAAUCCGUACUUCUCCGGCGGAGCCAUUGCCAUGGCCAAAGCGGUAGACAAUGAGGUGAUCACCUUCGAGGAUGCCAAUGUGCCGGCCUCGGCUGCCCAGAUCGCCAAGGAUGUGUGCGUCUUCCUCAAGUGGACUUCGGAACCGGAGUCGGAUGAACGCCGCCUGCUGCUCAUCAAGGUUACGCUUAUUUCGGCCUUCUUGAUCGGCAUUUCCUACUACAUCAAGCGUUUCAAGUGGUCCUCGCUGAAGUCUCGCAAGAUCUUCUUUAUUCCCGAACUAGAGGCCCAAGCCAAGAAGGAAGCGGAGCAGGCCGCCGAAGCCUUGUCCAAGGCCAAGGAGCAGGAGUGCAACAAGUGCGAGAACCAGAACGAAAAGAAGGAAUAAUCGUUGUUGUAGAACCAAAUAAAGGCUUUUGAAUUUAAUGAUUAA